GCGUCGAGAGCGCGCAGCUCUCGCCAACUGUCAUCAACGGCCCUUUUCCACGACAGCGCAUGCGCUGCGCCUCUGGCGCUACGCAGUUUCCCGCUCUUUUCCAACUGGAUUGGUUCCUGUUUUCGAUUCCCAUCGUCCGUCCGCCAAGCCCCGCAGGGAAAGGAGCUUGUUUUUCCGCUCGGCUACUUGUUGCCGCCACUUCGAUGGCUGAACCCGCCGUCGUAGGCGCUUCGUCUGCGGCGGCUAUGGCGGCUCAAUGCAGGGCAUGUAUACGGCGCGUGAGACCGAAUUUCGCUGUGCGACGGGGAAUAACGAUACGCGGGUUUCCGCUCGUGGAUCCCGCUUGCUGUCGUGCGUCAUCAUGGAAUGGCAACGGGAGGGAUACGAUGAUGACGAUGAUGAUGGUGAUGGAUGGAAAAGAGCGAUCCGCGAGGAUGGUGAUGAAGAAGGCCGCUGUAUCUGCCACGUGGCGAGCCAGGAAUGAGCAGGAGAACCUGAUGGAAUGGGCGGCGAGGUCCUGGCGAUGCCGUGCAGACAAUCUCGUGCCUGGUUCGUUUUGCGGAGGAUCCAAAGAUGACUGGGCAUGGUCGUCGGGUUCUCAGCCAUCAUCGGCGGCGAUGGGAUCCCUACGGAGCAUCGGUGUACCGACCGACAUCCCGAUACUUCGCAGCCGCCAUAGCCGGGCUUCCUGUCAUCUUGGGAAUGGAUUGGUCGGUGAAGGAUCGAGGUGGGUGUCGUCAUUUUCCCCUCGUAGACAUGAUGGACUGGUUGAGGGGGAAAUAGGAUGGAGAGUUCGUUCUCAUGACCUGCAGGAAGGGUCAGGAGGAGAGAGAGAGCUGAAGAGAGGCGGCGGCGGCGGCGGCGGGGGCAUGUUUGCUGCGUCGGCGCUGCCGGGGAAUCUCGCAAGAAGGAAAACGGAAGACGAGGAGGGGCAGUGGGGGAAGAGGGCGAAAUCGGCGGGAAGGGAACGUUCAAAUGGACCUCCAUUUUGGCCUGUCUCCGAGAGGAAAGCAGCCGGUGGUGUUUCAUCAGGGGAGGAAAGGUUGGGCGAACGACGCCAGCUCCCUAAGCAGCCAUCGCCGGCGACGCCUCGUCGUAACUUCUCCUCCUCCUCCUCCUCCUUUUCUUCUUCUUCUUCUCCUCCUCGCUCGUCUUCUGCCGCCUCUUCUUUGUCAUCAUCUCAGCCGGAAACUUUUAAAACAAUGAAUGGACCAGAUGCAUCAUCAUUUCAGCGGGGAACUUUUAGAACAAAGAAUAGACCAGAUGCAUCAUCUUUUCAGCCGGAAACUUCGAUGAGAACAAAUAAUGGACCAGAUGAUGGCCCCCCUGAGAAUGAGGUUCGGGCGCAGGAAAACGCCGACAAGCGUAAAGAGUUGAAUGGAUCGGUUACGAAGCGGGGAUCGAAGGAAGAAGCGCCGCCGCCGCCGCCGCCGGCGGCGGCUGCGCGAGGGCAAGGAGGGAAGUUUCUUGUCGGCAAGUCCCUGGAGGAGUUGCAGCAAUUAGCCGUGGACUAUGGAGAGCAGAAGUACCGCGGGAAACAACUCCAUCAUUUCCUUUAUUCUGGGAAAGGAAGGGACUUCAUGCAGGUGGCGCAGCUUCCGCUUGCCUUUCGUCAAAGGCUGCUCGACGACGGCUGGGUAGCUGGUCGAUCUCCAAUCCAUACAGUAGUCACGGCAAGAGACGGAACGGCGAAGCUCCUGCUGAGGCUGGAGGACGACCUUCUUGUGGAGACGGUUGGCAUCCCUUCGUCGGAGGGAAGGGGCAAAGAAAGGCUCACUGUAUGUGUGUCCUCCCAGGUUGGCUGUCCGAUGCGUUGCACCUUCUGCGCGACGGGGAAGGGCGGGUUCGCGCGCAGUCUGAAAGCCCACGAGAUCGUCGAUCAGGUGCUCGCCGUUGAGGAGUUGUAUCGGCACAGAGUAUCCAAUGUUGUCUUCAUGGGGAUGGGAGAGCCUCUGCUUAACCUCGCAGCAGUGGUCAAAGCCCAUCGGUGUCUGAACAAGGACAUCGGCAUCGGGCAGCGAAUGAUGACGAUCUCAACCGUUGGCGUACCGAACGCCAUCGCGAAACUAGCGACGUACGAGUUUCAAUCCACUCUUGCGGUGAGCCUGCACGCGCCUAAUCAAGAACUGAGAGAGAAGCUGGUUCCCAGCGCGAAGGCAUAUCCUCUCUCUGCUUUGCUGGAUGAUUGCCGCCAUUACUUCUUGGCUACGAAGCGACGGAUCUCCUUCGAGUACGCGUUGAUGGCUGGUGUUAACGACUUGCCCGAACACGCAGUGCAGCUGGCCUCCUUGCUCAAGAGUCGGCACCUCGAUCGGCAUGUCAAUCUCAUUCCAUAUAACCCUAUAGAGGAUUCAGAUUUCCGACGGCCGACCAAAGCGGCGGUAAUGGCGUUCGCCAGAAGACUGGAGGAUAACGAUGUGACGGUCAGUAUAAGAGUAACGAGGGGAUUGGAUGCGAACGCUGCAUGCGGACAGCUGCGCAACUCCCACCAGAAGUUUCCGCUGCCCAGCGCACCGCCAGCGCCUGUUGAAAUAGCAGCAUGAUUUCGUAGUUUACCCAAGUUUGGGGAAUACAUCUUCUUCGCGAGUGCAGCCAGAGAGUGGGGGGAAGGGGGGAGGGGGAGGGGAAUAGAAGUCGUGGACGACAAUGUGCGUUUGGCGAUGGAUAAAAACCGGGAACAACAACGAAUGGGACCGCGAGCUGCAUAACCAAGCGCUUCGUUGUCGAUGGGACCCGGGUCUUCAGCCAUAGUUGCACAGCCCCAGCUUCUUGGGUGUCAUCGGUGCGCACGAGAACUGUGAUGGCACCCAUGGCGCACCCAUGGCAGCCGGGUCUUCGGCCAUGAUAACGUCGCCAGGCUCUUGCCUGCCGUGGGCGCUCACGAGAGCUGUGAUGGCACCCAUGGGUGCUCACAAGAACUGCGUGAGAAUGGGUUUGCCCAGUGUGUUGUGCAGCUCGAUCACAUGCCAAACAAGAAACUCACAGGACGCGUUUACACUGUGUGCUUUGCAUGCUCUGGGAUCGGACUGCGCCGCUGGUGAAUAAGAGAGGUAGCGGCGUCGUUCCCGCUCUUGGAGCCCUGGUAUGUGCGCUCAGAAAGCGUACAGCGAGUUUGCGAAGUGGUAAAGCACGGGCGGGCGGAAGCAGCCGCGGAGGCCGUCGCAUGUUGACCGAG